GUUUUAUAGUCUACUCAUUGCCCAGUGAUUCAUUCCAAUAUGAAGUCGUUAUUGUUAUUGAUUGUUCUUGGUGUUCUUUCAGUUCAGGCCGACAUUCAACUCGACGAAGAACAUGUCGAGCAUGUCCGCAACCACAGAGAAGUGUGUUCUAAGAAAUCCAACGUGGACCCCAUGCUCUUAGAAAAGGCCCGUAAAGGUGAAUUUUCGGACAAUGCAGACUUCAGGUACCACGUCUUCUGCGUGUCACAAGAAAUCGGAUAUAUAGAUGACUCAGGAAAGGUCCUACGUGAUGUUCUGAAGUUAAAAACCACGGAAAUUUUCAAUGAUAAAGCAGAUGAGAUUAUUGAAAUGUGCCUUUCCAAAAGUGAAGAUCCGAUUCAACUUGCGAUAGAAACUAUGAAAUGUUAUUAUGAUAAGAAAGGGCUUGUUCUUCUGUAGAAAUAUGUAUCUACGUGUCUAUUAAAAUUUGUUUGGAAUU